AUGGUAGAAAGCUCGUUCACUUGCACCGCAGCACGACAUGCAAGUCGCGUCACCUCAAAUGUGAGUGAUGAGCGGAAACCAGAGUGUGAUCGUUGUAAGCGCGGCAGAAGAAAAUGCAUUCCAGCGGAUACUUCGGUGAACUUCCGAUAUAUCUAUGUCCCUGACACCAAGCGCACAUUGCCAAAGAAGCCCGAGUAUGGAUCUCGAAUGAUUCAGAAAAAGGCAGGAUUGACCAGAGGUCUUCUUUUUCCGGCGCAGACGGCUAGUCCUCUCCCUUCCCCUCCAACAAGGGAUAUCCCCGACUCAGCGUCUGUACCUUUUGCGGCAACUCCUGACCACUAUCUUGGCUCGAGCGAAGGACAAUACCUUCCCACGGAGCAAUUGGACUUGGCCGCAUCAGUUAAAUCCCCGCCUCUUCGACCAUCACCUCAUAUGGUGGCUAGGGUGGCUGAUGUACCCAGUGACUCCUGUUUGUCCUUCUCAGGAGCCGACACUCAACAGACCGGCAUCCAGCUGCAGUCACUGAGCUGCCAAAUAUCUGAAACAACCGACUCUUGCUGGUCGGGGGACGCCACAGAGCCAUGUCAUCUUUCCCGCGCCUGUGAGCCGGUCAAAGGGUAUCAGCAGGCACAGUUGCUUCGCUACUACAGGGAGUAUUGGGCUGUCGGUUUAGAUACACAGGACAGUGAGCGACACUUCCACCUCGACAUCCCUUUGCGAGCUUUGGACACAUCCGUUCUUCGUUAUGCGCUCUUUGCUAUUGCUUCGCUACAUCAAAGCAGACUGUCAAGCUCCUCAACACUAGUCGCCGAAGCAUACCAUGAGAGCUGCAUUGCGCUGGUAGUCGGCAUGCUUGACAACCAAGAGGCCCUUCCUGGGGAUGUUCUCCUCGCUACAAUAGUUAUGCUGCGCAUCUAUGAGCAGAUGAACGACUCCAGUGAUGACGAAGAGUGUCAUAUCUCCGGGGCAUCUGCUUUGCUGUCAUCGUUGCCGACGUUUGAAUCGCUAGGGAGAGCCGCCCUCUGGGUAUACCUUCGACAAGAUGUCUACAUGGCAGUGCUGAACCAUCGCCCCAUCAAGACUGAUGUUGCCUUGUGCUGGCAGUGGAUGAAUCAAACUCCCUCAAACGAUUGUGAAUGGAGUCACCUCAUCGUCCUUAUCAUUGUGGAUAUUAUUCAAUUCUGUUUCUCCUCCCCCAGCACAGGGAAGCUGCCGGAACGGUGGCACGUGUUGAGGGAUAAGAUCCAGCAGUGGCAAUCGAUGCGCCCAGUCUCAUUCGAUCCGUAUUUCUUCAAAGAGAGAAAUGGGAGCAUGCGACGGUACUUUCCAGAGAUAUGGCUCUGGGACCAAUGCCACGUCCUCGCGAACAUUUACUACCAUAUGGGCUCGACCCUCUUGCUGGCAUAUGAGCCAGUAUGUGUGAUCGGAAUCGCAGCUCGCCGAAAACAGAAGAUGCUCGAGUUGCAAGCAAAGGAACAUGCUCGUGCAGUAUGUGGCAUCUGCCUUUCAAAUCCGACUUCCGAAACACGCCGGACUGCAUCGUAUGCAAUGCACCUCUGCUGCCGCUACAUAACUGAUCCGAACGAGCAAGAGGCCGUAGUGCAGCUCCUAGAGCGAAUUGAGACUGAAGAAGCAUGGCCGACAAGCAGGGUCAUUGAAGCCCUGAAUGAGGAAUGGGCUGGUCUUAGCGAUUAG